AUGGCGUACGACCGAUAUGUCGCCAUCUGCCAACCACUGCACUAUGAGAGGCUGAUGAACAGGAUAGCUUGUGUCCAAAUGACAGUCAGUGGCUGGAUUACUGGUAUUGUCUACUCUGCAGUGUACACUGGGAACACCUUCAAGUUACCCUUCUACCAGUCCAAUGUCAUCAACCAGUUCUUCUGUGAAAUCCCCCAGCUACUCAAGCUCACCUGCUCUAACUCAUACCUCAGUGAAGUUGGGGGUAAUGCCUUCAUUGUAUUUUUAGUGUUAAACUACUUUGUUUUUAUUAUUGUGUCUUAUGUUCAGAUCUACAAAGCAGUGCUGAGAAUCCGCUCUCAGCAGGGCCGGUGUAAAGCCUUCUCCAACAGCCUGCCUCAUCUCACUGUGGUCUCUUUGAUGUUUCUCACUGGCAUCUUUGAUUACCUGAAACCCACCUCCAGCUCAGCAUCAUGUCUGGACCUUGUGGUGGAUGUUCUCUAUUCCCUGGUGCCUCCAGUGAUGAAUCCAAUCAUCUACAGCAUGAGGAACAAAGAGAUUAAAGCUGCAUUGAAGAAACUGAUUGUGUGGAGGUUAUUCACCAAGAAUUAA